AUGAAAGGCAUUGCAGACAUCCUCGACUCCGACAUGGAGGAUUCAACGCCCUUCGUCGACGAAAAUUCAAUUCUAUCUUCUGCUUCGGACGCGACAAAUGCCACCUCAACGAGAGCGACGCAGGCGAAGAGGGGAAAGAAACGACAGCGCGUCACCAUGCCUCCUAAGUCCAAGUCGAAGCCACAGAAAUCUGCGCCUCCAGAAACAAAGAAGGCUCCUCCGAAGCAGACUGCAGGAGUAAAGCGAAAAGCCUCGGGAGAUCAAGUCAACCCGGGAUCUCACGAGAACCUUGAUGAUACGUUGGCUAAUGCUGGCGCGGAGAUUGAAGUUGUCGCUCCGAAGAGCAAGAAGCGCGGGCGGCCGGCUGCUAAAGUCAAGAGCAACAUCAAGGCACCCGAUACGCAGGAGCCAGAAGACGACCUUAUCGACGUGGACGAAGCUCCAGUGCAGAUCCGUUCGAAGCAUGCGGCGACCAAAACAAAUAAGCAAGCCUCGAGAGUCGCCGACAGAGCAGCCGUGGCGGCUGAGUCGAAGGCUCACCAAAGAUCGCGCGCUGUGGUAACAGAACCGCAGCUGGAGGAGGAGGAAACCAGCGCCCUGGUAGAAACCAUAUCACCACCAAAACCCAGACCAGUUAUCCGCAAUGCGUCCAGAACAAGAGAAGAUCCCCCUCUUCGACGACGCGCCGGAAGCGCGUCAGAUAUCGAACGGGGAGAUCCCAACCUGCGACGCAAGCUGGGGGAUGUCACGCGCAAGUUUGAAAAUGUCGACCUGAAAUACCGCAAUCUGAAAGAGGUAGGCAUCAACGAGGCCAAUGCGAAUAUGGAGAAAUUACGCAAGCAAUGCGAUGCAACGAUGCAAGCCUCAAAUGACCUGAUUGCGUCUCUCAAGAAAGAGCUGGCAACACAAGCUCCUUUGGCUCAAGAGACACGCAAACUUAAGCAACAGAUGCAGAGCCAGGAGGACGAAAUGCGCAAAAUGCGUGAAACUGCCGCGGAUCUCUCGACCUCUCUCACGGCUGCGCAAAACGAGAUCAAAACCCUACAGGCGAAAGUGGCAGCAGCACGAUCCUCCUCUGUUGACCACCCUAAGACUCCAGGAAGCGCGAUGAAGAGCUCUGCCCAACGGUCGGUGGUUAUCAGCAAUGCUGAAGCUGCCAAAUCUGUCGAAAUCGCCCAGAUGAAGUUGGAUCUGUAUAGUGACCUGACAGGACUAGUGGUCCUCAACCUGAAGAAGACAGAGGAGGGACACAGCUACGAGUGUAUCCAGACUGGUCAGAAUGGCACAUUGCAUUUCCGGUUGUUCGUCGACCAAGAGAUCGCAAGAACCAUGAGUUUCGAGGACACAGAAUACCUAUACACUCCACUUCUGGACCCCGACAGGGACCACGAGAUGAUCAAGUUGAUGCCUGGUUAUCUGACUGAAGAAAUCACCUUUGCAAGACUUAACGCGUCCAAAUUCUAUGGCAGGGUGGUAGAUACGCUCACGAAGAAAAGAGUCGAGGAAUGA